CGGUACCGUAUGAAGAAACCAUUCCCUUUCCCAAAUCUUGGUCACUAAGCAAGUUUCGUUAUAAGAACCGAAACAUGAUGAUCACAGCUUCAUCAAUUAUUUCUCUUCUUCUCCUUCUCACAUUCACAAUCGACAUGGCCGACUCUUCUUCUUCUUCUGCUCCCCUCGACUCCGCCACUUCCGCUUCCGAAUCGGCCGUCCACAUCGUAUACACGGAGAGGCCGCACGAAAACGAGGAGGCUGAGGCGUACCACAUCCGAACCCUCGCCUCCGUCCUCGGCAGUGAGGAGGCUGCCAAGGAGGCUCUGCUCUACAGUUACAAGACCGCUGCCAGUGGAUUCUCUGCUAAGCUCACUCCCCAACAGGUCCAAGAGAUCUCCAAACAACCUGGGGUUCUUCAGGUUGUACCAAGCAGGACACUCCAACUGCAUUCAGGACCUGGGAUUGGGAAACUGCAUUAGAUGGAGCUCCAUACCAUAUAAAAUGUCUUCCGAUACGUUAUCACUGUUAUAUGUAUAAUCAGGAUCGACUUUUUUACUCUUGGGAUGCAUUGUUUUUUCCCUAUGGAAGUCUCAACUCCCCUCUUGUAACUUUCUUAUAUAUACAAUAAUAUGUAUAAGUUCAACGUAA